CCACAGACUUUUUUUAACCAAACCAGAGAGUAGACAUGCAUGACCAUAGAGAAAAUUACUAUUAGGCCGGCAAAAAACAUGACGUUUUGACCCGACGAUAGACAAUUUUUCUUUUUUUUUUCAGACAAAGCGGUAUGUACAAAUUUUCCCUUGCCUCAAAAGGGGAGAAUUUCAUCAAAAAAAAAGAAAGAAAUAAGUUAAAUUGUCUAUGCCCUUUUGUAGGUACUAGAAAGUUGUAAAUAGGUAAUUUUACAUAAAAAUUUAACUAGUUUCAUUGUAAAACAGUGUCUUAUGUAUAGUAAGUGAAUAAAUGGUUGAUAUGUGACUAUUAAAAGUGAUGUGUACCCUUAAUUGGUAUGCCCAAUGAAACAAAAAACUAUCAUUGCGCACGAAACCCCAACGCCAUUUUGAGGCGAAAUUUUGUAUAUAUCUUUUGGCGCAGAGAAUGGCCUGGGGUGACGGGAGAGCCCUAAUAAACUGACGGACGUCGCCGGCUUACAGCUGGCGCAAGCAAUAAGAAUGCCACGACCUGGCAGUCUCAAAGAUCCAGAUAUUGCUGAACUAUUCAGCAAACAUGAUCCUGAGAAAAUAUUUGAAGACCUACGGGAAAUUGGCCAUGGGUCCUUUGGGGCAGUCUAUUAUGCCCGCUGCAAUCUCACCAAAGAGAUUGUGGCUAUCAAGAAAAUGUCCUACUUGGGCAAACAGAGUGAAGAAAAGUGGCAGGAUAUCCUGAAGGAAAUCAAGUUCUUGAAGCAGCUGGAGCACCCAAAUACCAUAGAAUACAAGGGUUGCUACAAGAGGGAGCACACAGCAUGGCUCGUUAUGGAGUACUGUGUUGGUUCAGCAUCAGAUAUCAUUGAGGUUCACAAACGACCAUUGCGUGAGGACGAAAUAGCAGCGAUAUGCGAGGGCGUCGUCUGCGGCCUGGCGUACUUGCACAGCCUGGGCCGCAUCCACAGGGAUAUUAAGGCGGGCAAUAUACUGCUCACCGAGAAUGGCACGGUGAAGCUAGCAGACUUUGGCAGCGCCAGCAUCAAGUGUCCUGCCAACAGUUUCGUGGGGACGCCGUACUGGAUGGCGCCGGAAGUUAUACUCGCGAUGGAUGAGGGACAAUACGAUGGGAAGGUGGACGUUUGGUCUCUCGGCAUCACCUGCAUCGAGCUGGCGGAGCGCAAACCGCCAUACUUCAACAUGAACGCCAUGUCUGCCCUCUACCAUAUUGCGCAGAAUGACUCGCCAACAUUGCAAGCGCCAGAAUGGACAGACACAUUCCGCUAUUUCGUAGAAGCUUGCCUCCAGAAGAACCCUCAAGAUCGACCGUCGUCGACGAAACUCCUAUCGCAUCACUUCAUCACGCGGUCUCGCUCGCCCAACUCGUUAGUCGAUCUCAUACAAAGGACGAAAGCUGCAGUCAGAGAUCUGGACAACUUGAACUAUAGGAAAAUGAAGAAGAUCUUGAUGGUCGACGCUGACAAUGAAAGUGCUAUUGGUGACAGCGAGGAGACCACAGAGGAGCGUUCUGGUGGCGACUCUUCAAAGUCCAAUUCGGCGACUUCGGAACACAGCGCGGCCGGCGCUUCCAGCCAAAGCUCUUCGUCUGGCAGUCUUCGUAGGCGCCCGCAUCCGCUCAAUGCCAAUCAUCAUAGCCAGCACCAACAGCAGCAACAAUACCAGCACCACAAUCAUCAACACUCGACGCAUCCUUCUAGAGGUCGCAAGCGCUGGUUAUACUCAUGUUGCUGUUUCGUACGCAGAGAGAGAGAGAGCGAGAGCCCUCUGCCUCCCUCGCACGACGACUACGUGAAUCGCGACGCUUUACGGGACUACGCGAAUAGAGACUCCUUGUGCGACGACUAUGGGGACGACUACGCCAAUAGGGACGCGAUUCGUGAAGCGCAGCGGGAAAGAGAGAGGGAGAGACAGGCGAAUGAGUAUAGGGAAUAUGUGAACGCACCGCCCGCUUGGCAGCAAGAUGGCGGCGAUGACAAUAGGAAUACGCAGCGGCGGCAAACCGCCAGGAGUGAGUCCGUCAGCAACAACGUGUCGGCCGCAAUGUCCCUGGUCUCAGAGCACGGAGCUAACAACUUUGCUACCAUUAGGACAACGAGCAUCGUCACAAAACAACAGAAGGAGCAUAACCAGGAGAUGCACGAACAAAUGUCCGGUUACAAGCGCAUGAGACGGGAACAUCAAGCGGCGUUAUUGAAAUUAGAAGAACGAUGCAAAGCCGACGUAGACGCUCACAAAGCACAGCUGGACCGCGAGUACGACGCCCUACUGCAGCAGCUGUCCCGAGAGCUAGAGCGGCUACAGACCAAACACGCUCAAGAGUUGGAGCGCAAACUGAAACAAAAUGCCGCGGCCGAGAAGAAGCUCAUCAAAGACAUCACCGCGAGACAGGAACAAGAGAGGAAAGCGUUCGAGACGCAACGCAAACGCGAAUACAAGGUCAACAAGGAGCGGUGGAAAAAGGAGCUCAGUAUGGAUGACGCAACGCCUAAGAGACAGAGAGAUGCUACACUGCAAUCGCAGAAGGACAACAUGAAGCAAGCCGAGGCUGCCGAAGAAGCGCGACUGGUCCGCUCCCAACGCGAAUACUUGGAGCUGGAACUGCGUAGAUUCCGACGUCGCCGUAUGCUCGCGUUGCAUCACAAGGAACAGGAGUUACUGCGAGAGGAAUUGCACAAGCGGCAGCAACAGUUAGAACAAGCGCACGCGAUGCUCCUUCGUCAUCACGAGAAGACGCAGGAGCUCGAGUACCGACAGCAGAAAGGAGUGCACGCGCUAAGGGAAGAACAAUUAGCGAAUCAACACGCGACAGAGUUGGCCAAUCAACGCGAGUAUAUGCAGCGCGCCGAGCAUGAAUUACGCAAGAAACACGCGUUGCAGCUCAAGCAACAACCCAAAAGUCUUAAGCAAAAAGAAAUGCAGAUUCGCAAACAGUUUAGAGAGACGUGUAAGAUACAGACGCGCCAAUACAAGGCGUUAAAGGCGCAGAUUCUGCAGAUGACACCCAAGGAACAACAGAAGGAGGUGAUCAAAACACUCAAGGACGAGAAGCGACGCAAGCUGGUGCUGCUUGGCGAACAGUACGACCAGAGCAUCACCGAGAUGCUGCAGAAGCAGACGGUCCGGCUCGAUGAGAGUCAGAUGAUGGAGUGCCAGCAACUAAAGAUGCAGCUGGAGCAUGAGUUGGAUAUGCUCACUGCGUACCAGAGUAAGAGCAAGAUGCAGGCCGAGGCUCAGAGGAACCGCGAGCGACGCGAGCUGGAGGAACGGGUAGCGGUGAGACGCGCCUUGUUGGAGCAAAAGAUGGAGUCGGAGUGUGCGCAAUUCGUAGCGGACCGCGCGGAACGUACGCGACUACUGCACGACAGACACGAACGCGAGUUGGCGCAGUUCGACAACGAGAGUGCGCGUCUCGGGUUCAGCGCGAUGGCGAUCGCCGAGGGCAGCAGGGAGGGUUACGGCGAGGAGGAGACCUCCCUCUCCGGCUCGAUGCUGUCGCUUGCGCACAGCAACUCGUCCGCUAGUUUCCCGGCCGGAUCGCUCUAGGCACCAGCCAUUGCCAAAGGUUAAACUCGAACCUCCUACUUCACUCCACACUUUUAGGCCCACAUACAGCAAAUUUACUAAAUCUAGAUUCAACUAGAACUGGUUUUAGCUCAUAUACUAUAUUGUCAUACAAAAAUGUCAAAGGGUAGUGUCAAUUCGCCAUUCUUGUAUGGCCUACGGGCCACUUGUAGCAAAUUUGCUAAAUGUCGAUUCAACUAAAGCUAGAUUUAUCCCAUAGAAAAAUGACUAAACAUCAAUGUCAAUUCGACAUCAUUGAAUGGAAUUAAUUUAGUUUUAGUUAAAUUGAGAUUUAGCGAAAUUCCUGCAAAACUAAAUCUGGUAUAAGUUAAAUCGAGAUUUAGCUAAAUUGUUGCAACUGCAUUAGCUGAUUAACGAUUGAAACUCAACUUUACCGUAUUCCUGUGUAUUGCCUGUAGGUUGUCCAAACGCAUUUGUAAUUAGCGGCCACCCGUGAUUUCGUCCGCGUGAACUUUUGUUAUUUUUGUAAUCCCAGAGAAACCUGUCAUGGUUCCUCAUAAAAAGUAUCAUAGGUCAUAAAGUAUAGCCAUACUAAAUUUCAUCCCAAUCCGUUCAGUUCGUUUUUGCCUAAUUAAGUAAAAAAACACAAACAUUCACAAUUAUUAUAAUAUUAGUAGGAUACGCACUAUUUUCAUCAGAUAUCUGUGCCUCAUUGGUAAGAUUUUUUUAUUGAUGAUCAUGUUUUUGUGUAUGAUAAAAUGCAUGUUUAGUCUGAUUUAGUACUUACUAGGUAGUCAGUUUCCACAACGUCAGUAAUAUUACCGAAGUAAAAAUGUUACUCAGUUUUUAAAAGUAGUACAAAAAUUAUAAGCAUGAUUUUCAGCAGUAUCCAUAAGAAUUCUGUAAUAAAAAUGGAAAAUGUCAAUGAACAAAUCCAAUCUUUAUGUACAUGUUUUUAAAGGACACAGACAAACCAUUAAUGUGUUUGGCCCAUUCACUUACUAAGCUAUAAAUUUUACAAAGGAUGGUUGAGUUUGGAUUGUUUAUCAAAUUGGUAAUUGGUCACUGUAAAAAAUAUGGUUUGAUUUACGAAACAGGAACAUUGAUAUUUGCAAAUAAACAGUAUGUAUUGAUUAAGCAGAACGUCGAAAAGUUGCACAUACUAUCUUCUUUCUGACUCGCAUCAUUGAUUUAUUAUAUUGACUGUUACUUGUUUAUAAUAGGGUAUGAAGAUGUACCCGCAUAGAUCAAAAUUUAAUUUUGCACAUCUUGCCAAAAGAAAUCUGUUCUUCUUUUGUUUAAUGCAUUCCAAACGCAGUUAGACAUCUGGCUAAAUCACUUAAUGUGUGGCCUAAACAUUAGGAACCUAUUGUGUAACUUUCCGACAUCUUAUGUAUUACAUAGUUUAGCUCUCUAAUUACCUCCUAUUUAUAUAAACAUACAUUUUAUAACGAACUUUUGUUAUAACGACAACCUUUGGCAACAGCAUUAUGAAUUCCACGAUAUUUGUAAGUACUGAGACUGUAGGGCCCUCCCGCGUUGCGGCUUUAACUCGGCAUUAACUAUGUGCUUGAAGCCAAAUUUUAUUUGUUAAUUAACUAUUUUUGUUGUCUUCCAAACGAGCGUCAGUAUUUAUGUAGUCAACGACGACGGUGGUUCGGGAGGGCAUUUCCUAUUUUUAUUACAAUAUUAAGUUUAUUGCACUCCAUAAUUAUUAACCAUUCGAACUAUAGAAGGUUGUGAUGCGUUUAGAUUACGGAUCUUCUCUUCUUAUAAUUAUUAUCCAUGUCGAAAAAAAAUCAAAUAUAUUUAUCCCCAUCAAAAUCUUACCUUGACAAAAGUUGUUUUUAAUAAUUUUCAAUGUUAAAAAUUAAGCAGAAAAAGCUUGGGAUUUUGAAUAGUUUCCGCUGAUCUGUAAUCUAGGCGGAUUAUCGCUUUUAUUGGUAAGUGCACCAGUGUGUUUCUGGUAUUAUUCUUUAUGUCACGGCAGGAUCGAACAUUGAAUGAAACACACAGCUUUGGUUUCUAAACGAUACUCCUCUGACCAGUAUUUCCUAUAUUCAGGAUAUUAGAUAUUGAAUGUCCACUAGCGCGCGCCUGAGAGGUUUGGAGCGUGCCAGAGACAUACUGUUGUUAAAUAGAAUUAUAUUUGUGUAAUGUUAAUAAAGAGGUUAUACGCGAGUUUGUGUGCCGAUAUAGUAUAAUGAUGAUGCAAUGACGUGAGAAUGAAACGCUUUUUUAUUAGUAAUUUUACUCACAAAUCACCUGUUCUGUCGAUUUUAUUGAUAAACAAGGACAUUACAAUGACAUGUCUAAGUACCUAAAGUUAUCCUCUCUUCAACGCUAAAUUACUUCUUGAUUCGACAGAAUCGUGUCUGAUUGUACGAUCUCUUAGACAUAAGGAAUGUUACUUUUCUUUAUUUAGUAUAAAUUUUGCAAAACGAAAAUCUUAGGCCGUCCAUAUCGAAACGACAAAAACAUCUCGAAAAACGACAGAACGGGACACUGUAGAAGGCAUGUUUAAUAAAAAAAAUAUAUAAAUAAAAUCUUAGUAUUCUUGAUCUACUCUUGUAUACUAUGUAGCUUAUUGCAUAAGUUUCUUUAGUAGUUUUAGCAAAUGUUUUGUCUUGUUCGUAAAAAAAUGAAACAAAUUUGACUCGCUGUCAACACGUCAAAUCAUGAGAUACCGAGGAACAUUGGCCUCCAGUAAUGCGCUCGACAUGUUUGACUAAAGCUACGGACCCAGUCAACUGAGCACCGCGCCCGCCCUCGCCUCACGUUGCUUCCGCCACGAAAAUUAUUAUUUAAAACAUUAGAUAGUCAAAAUUCUAAUAUUCAUAUCAUUAGGUUUUACUUUAGGGUCGAUUUUCGCUUGUAAGUUGUAUUCCUUUAUCGGACUGAUCGUAUUUGUUUAUUAUGCCUAUUACGUUUUAUCUAUUGAUGUUGGAAUUUAUUGUACGAUGCAACAGGAUAUAUUGACGUUACAUUUGUUAGAUCGUAGAUAUAUGAAGUAACUGCAAGAGACGUGCGGGUGCUGACUACUGUGUGACUACUGCCAAUACGUUUUUGUAAAUAUUAAUAUGUAUUAACUAAAUAUUAGCUUGCACACGAUUUGCCUUAACCGGUGCGACGCGCGGUGCUCAGUGUUUUGUAUAUAAUGAACAAUAAAAAAUAUACUAAGUAUUAUACAUAAAUUGUUACAUUUUGUAAGGUGCAAAUUCGAUUCGUGUACAUUAGCAAUGCGACACAAAAUGACUUCUGCGCUGAGGUCUACAUGUGCUAUUUUUUGUCAUUUUUUUAGUUUCCUAUACACUAUUGUAUUUGAACUAAGCAACCAGUCAUGUCUGUAAAUGAUUAUAUUAUUUAAUUUAACGUCGAUUUUAGUCAUAAAAUCCAAAUUUAGUUAAUGCUAUAAUUGAAAAGUAAUUUUUUUACUUUUAUAAGUAUAUUAUCUUCCUAUAUCACAUUGCUUGUAAGCAUCACAUGAUGUGAACGUACUGUAUUAUUUUGAGUCUGUUAGCCAUUUAUAUUAUUAUUUAACCUUUUUAUAACUCGACGCCUAAACUUGUAGAAUUAAAAGUAAAAUAUUUGUUUUAACUGUGCUUACUCCGUAAAGAAUGCGCGGUUCACCCAUCUUUUAUAUACAUAUAUGGUACAUAGUAAGACCGAAAACCUACCUGAUGAUGGCACUGUGAAUCUAGUUGGGUCAACAGAAAUGAAUACCUUCUUAGUUUCUCCUCCUGAACUGACCAAGUAAAUGACAAUAAUCUCUAGAUACAGCCUAUCGACUCGUAAACCUGUUUCUGUAAAUACAUUUUAGGCAAUCUAAUGUAGGCGAAGCGUUGACCAUAGGAAUCUACUAGAACAAAUUAGAGCAAAUGUUGAGAGUUCACAUAUUAUCAUUCAAGUAAGUUUUUUGAAGCGAAGUACUUGGUCGCGUAUUUACAUCAACGUAAUAAUUUACGCUGAUGAUGAUUCUCCUUAUUUCAUCAAUAGGGAAAGCCUGUGCACCUGCCGUGGGGGUAUAAAUAGGCUGAUGAUGAUUCAUUUACGUUACAAAACGUAUUCAUUAAGUACAUUGUCGAUCGCUGCGCUCUACGCAAAAUUUGUAACGGAACCUGGAACCGAAGCACUAUGGAAUUGAAUCGUAAGCUGUAAUUUCGUUUACUCGCAAUAGAGGGUCGGUACUUAAGGGUCGGCGCCUCGAUGCCGCCAGUAGUGCCCGCCGCGCGGAGGAUCCCUCGUCACAUUAUUUUAUUUUUAUUUAAUUUUUGGAUCGAUCUCUGCGGCGGGUAUAGUGCUUAGGCGCAGUUUUCCCUCUUUCUUAACUCCCACCACUUAGCUGUCUAGAGUUACGUAAUCAGGUAUAAACACCCUUAGUAAACCCGCCAGAUUAUUAUUAUUAUUAUGAUUACAAUAUAGAAGUACCAAACUGUAGCUAGCUCACGUAUUAUGUAAAUUGUAAUUAAAUAAUUUUUAUAUUUUACCAUUGUAUAGACGUUUAUCACUGAUAGGUAGUUAGCGACAUUGUGAGAGGUGUGACAAGGUGCGCGCGGCCGCCCCUAUUAUAUAGUUUGCGAUUGUUUGCGGCUCGCCCAGUGCACCAUUGUUGUUUUCUUUUAUUUUAUUUUUUUGUUAUAUAUUUAAAUAACACAAUGGUAGUUUUAAUAAUUAUUAUCAUUAAUUAUUAUAUUGUAAUAUAAUCUUAUUAAUGAAAAAAAUCAAACUGAAAUAAAUAGAAAGGAAAUCGUAUUAUGCUAUUUUAUUCCAAAAACCCUCCAGACAUCUUGCCAUAAUUUGAGUUUUCUCAAAAAACGUUUGCAUUAAGCAGCAAUUAGUUCUUGCUACACAAAAAGGAUUUACACAAUGUUUCUUUUCAAAACUAUUGAAAAUGUAUUGAAGAUUCAAUGAAUCGAACUAAUUGUACAUAAUCGCUAGAACAUCUAAAAGCUGGAUAGCUAAACGUAUUAUGAUCAACCUAGCGCACAGUCAAAGCGCAUCGAAAUGUCUAUCAGAAACUUAACAAAGUAAAUUCACUGUUAUCUCUGCAAAGUAAUGCAGCGUUUUUACCUAGUGUGUACUCUAGACGUUUAAGGUACAAUUCCGCAAUGGGCUGCAGGCGACACUGCGGCUGACAGUGCAUUAUAUGCAUUGUGCAGCCGCGGCAUGUCGCCGGGCUCGGAAUCAAUUUCAUAGAGAUUCAUAGAAACUAGUAGUGUCGCCUGCAGUCUGGAGCUGCGGCCUGUGGUUCAGUUCGGACUUGUACCUUUAGAUACCAAUGUACAGUUACGACGCGUAAAGAUUAAAGAUCAUUGUAAUGGUGUAUUUAUGUAUUUGGAGACUUGAUCUGAAGAAAUAUAAAACUAGUUGGUUUUACAUUUAGAUGACUUUAAAUGCAAAUAAACAAAGUGAACCUUUGCUCUUAACAUGUAUAUGACCAAAUACCAAAUUAUACUUAAAAAUUUUAUGAAGCUGACUGUACAUGGAAUGCUCAAAACAAAGUUGCGUUGUUUCCAUUGAUGACUAAGCAAUCGAGCAUUCAUUCCCAAAGUCCAGUCAAACAUCGUUGUAAUGAGCUUGUUCGCUCACACUGUUUCCAUGUUUCCAUUCACCGAGCGAGCAAAUCUUUGCGUUAAGUGGAAACUCAGCAUAUUGCACAUAAUCCUUCUGAGAUAAAAAGAAGCGCGCAUUCGACGUAAUUAGCGCGCGAUCAGCUCUGAAGGAAUAUGUGCAUUACGUUGCAAAGAUAAGGGUGAAUUUGCUAUGUUUCCUACAUUCUGAAUGACGCUUCGAUUCUGCGCUAGUUUGACCAUUAUUAUUUAAAUAAAACUAACACAAUAGUGUUAGUUAAUAAUAAUAAUUAUUCCAAAAUAUGUAAAAUGUGGAAAGUCAUGGUUCGUCAUUUAAAUGUGGAAAGCACCUUAAAUCGGCAGUUUCAUAAAUUCAAUAGCUAACUUUAAUCAGUUUGUGACCUUUUUCGUCUAAGGUUUUCGAGGUCUACUCCGGAAGUGGUCUUUAUUUGUGUGAACAGAAAAACAACCUUUUCUAAUACUUGGUAAGAAAAAUAUAUAUAGUAGGUAAGCAGUUUGUCGUAUUGGAUAUAGUGGGUGGCCGCGACUUUGUCUACAUUUAUACCAACUAUUAUCUCUCUUCUAGUGUAUAUAUAACACUAACUAAAUAUAAUCUACCUAACUAAAUAUAAAAAAUAGCAGUGGGGACAUUAAUUAUUAAUAGGCUGAUGAUGAUGAUGGAUCAAUUGAUUUUUCCACAUAACACAGAGGGUUUAGUAGGGUCACAGUAAUGUGUGAGCAAAUGCUCAUAACUUGACCAAAAUUUGGUUCUCAUUGCGUCGUUACUCUAGGGUGUGAGCGUUGAUUGGUUCGAUUGUUUGAUGUCGCGCCCUUUAAUUGGCUAUUAUCUAUUAGGUAGAAGUGUAGUGAAGGCGAGCCUCCGAUAUCGGAUACUGUACAAGCGGUCUAUGCACACUCUUCUAACCUCUUUCUGCGUUCUGUGGAUUACCCAUACAAACUUCAAAAUUACAUUUACAUACAGAAAACUAAUCUCUGGAAUAAAAACUAUUCUUUGUCCUUUUCCGAGACAAACUACCUAUAUCUUUACCAAAUUUCAUCUAGAGCGGUUCAGCAAAUCAAGCGUUUGCCAUAUUUAAAAUAUUAAUUUAUCUAAGUUUUCACAACAAGUUGCGCUAAAAGUACCUAAUAAAAAUACAUUUUUAUUAAAAGCACCUAUUCCAUAGUUGUUACAAUUCAUGAAUUUAUAAGAUUUGUUAUUAGCAAGUCUGUUAAGGCGAAGAUAUUCAUUCAGUUCAGUGAUUAUAUAGUUGAGAUAACUACAUUGCUACAUCUGUAUUGUUAUAUUCGUACAAGGAAUCGCUUCUCUGCAUCAGUAAAUUUACUUAAAAGAUAAAUAAAACAGCGGAUCAACUUUUUAAAAACGAACUUCAUC